AUGACACAUUUGUCGGACGAGUUUUUAAAAAAUUGUAUUUCUAUCAAAUACAACAUAUGGUUCAAAUACCCGCAACCCUACAGCCCAACCGAGCCAUUGGUUUACUGCAAAGACAACAAGAACACGACGGCGGCGGACAAUGGGACCAAUACUGAUGCCAACUGUACGGCUCAGGUGCCCAUAUAUGUGAAUACACUGGACUCGGAGCGGGCGUACGUCCCCUAUUCGUACAAUCAGUUUGACUUUUGUCCGUCGAUCGAAGGCUUCGAAUACACAGAAUCCGAUUUCAUCGAAUGGGACGACAGAAUAUUCCGGACCUCAUAUGACAUCCGUUUCCAACGCCAAGAACAGUGCCGUCUUCUCUGUAAACGACCCUUUGAUUUGAGCCGAAUCUUCGAUAUACACAGAAUCAGUGUAUUGAAAAUGUUGAUGAAUAAACAGUAUUAUCAGCACAUAUUUGCCGACAACUACCCCAUGUCCUGGUGUUAUAGUCAGAACCCGUUGGAGUGUUUCGUUGGAGUUCCGGUCGGCUAUUAUGUCGAUUCUCACGGAAAUCCAAACGAUCCGCGAAUUAAGAAAAGAAGUGACACAAAAGCCGACACUUUCUAUCUCUUCAAUCAUUUGGACUUUACAUUCAUAUACGAGAGCGGAAUCGGGAAGCCGUGGGGCGACAGCUCUGGCGAUAAAGUGGGACGGAUUACAGCGAUUAAGGUUAGGCCCAGAAGUAUCCGACACGAGAAGACCAAUUUCAAGAACUGUGCGCUCGACUCUCCGCUCCUCGAAAUACCCAAUUCACUCAACUAUUCCUCCACUUUCACUAUCUAUUACUCCUAUUCCGUCACUUUUAUUAGAGACGAUUCAACGGGAGCUGAGAAUCGCUGGAAUUCAUUACUCACAUCACUUCCCGAAAGCAAUACCGGGAAGUGGUUUAUACUGACGGCUAUCUUAUUAGUGAUUGUUCUCUCGGCUCCACUCAUGUAUGUCUUGUCGAGAACUGUGUUAACAAAGCAGGAGUUGUUUGGAUGGAUGAAUAGUAAGCCAUUAUCCAAUCCAAACGCCGGCUGGCAGUGCAUCGCCAACGAUGUCUUCCGAAGCCCUAAAUAUCCGCUCCUAUUCUCGUCAUUAAUCGGUUCUGGUGUUCAAUACAUAUGCUGUUUAGGAGUGGUUGAAGUGUUAACACUUCUCAUCCAUUUCUCCACAUCCUUAAUACUGAUAGUCUUAAUAACAAUCUCAUUGUUAUUACUCGUGGGCUCUAUCGGUGGUUACGUUUCGUCGCGCUUUUACCGCAGUUUUUGCGGUCAACACUGGAAAUACAAUUGUCUGUUGACGGCAGCACUGAAUCCAAUUAUGUUGACCGCAAUCCUAUUCCUCACCCGAAACUUCCUGCUAAUGGAGUCUUCGAGUGGACUCGCAUUCCCAAUAGGUUUCACUCCAGCCGUGUUUGUGCUGCUCAUCAGUUUUGGUUUAGCGCUACCAUUAACUUUUGCCGGCUCUUACUUUGGCUACAAUUAUCAGUCGCCCAUUGAAUACCCGAUUCGGCCGACGGCUAACGUUAGAGAUAUACCAAAACAAAGCAUCUAUAAUAUGCUACCCAUUAGUCUACUAUUAGGCGGUUUAGUGCCGUUUGUGUCGGUUUGGAUCGUCGAAAACUAUCCAUUUUUCAAUUCCGGUGAAUUCGUGAUCACCAGCGCAUCGAUUAUGAUCUGUAUUCAGACGUCUAUAGUGUUUGCGUUCGUGAAUCUAAUGGAUGAGAACCACAUGUGGUGGUGGAGAGCGUAUCUCACCAUCGGUUUCGCUGCCGUCUAUUAUUUUAUUCACUGCUUUUGUUUCAUUAUAACCACAAUCAUAAUCGAUGAUCUGAUUUCCGCCCUCUUGUACUGCUUUUUCUCAUUUGUAUUAUCGGUGCUCUUGUUUUCAUUGAUAGGAACGAUAGGUUUUUUGAUAAGUUAUGCAUUCAUUUGGAUGACAUAUACGCUAAAUAAGCCCAACGCUGAGAUUGAUUACUCCACAUUUCCAGAGGCCACUUAAGAUCACUGUAACUUAACUAUAGUUUUUUACCACAACUUUAAUUUUAUAAUUAAUUAUUACCAAAAUAAGUUGUCGAUAGGG